GAAUUAGUUACACUGAUCUCUGUUACAUUAAUAGUAUUAUACUAAUUGUGUUCUCACAGCCAGAUGAGAGGAUAAUAAAUUGAGAAACUAUCAAAUGCCUCUCUUGGGACUCCAAUUGACCUCACUUAUGACUGUGCAAGACAGUCACUCACACCUUCACACACCCUUGCUGGCCCCCUCAGCAUUCACCCUCACAUUGGCUCUGAGAAUGAUGGAUACUUGAAUUACCUUGGCCUACUUCAAUCCUCCUCGUAGGACCCCAAGGCGGAUAUAUUGCAUGAUGACCAUUGCGAGAUCCCAAGCGCCGAAAGCGGCCAGGUCUCGCGCAGCACGCCGUCAAACUUCUCCAGGAAAGCCGAACUACAAGCCAUAUUGGAUGCACAUAAGGAUGCAGGAUGCACGCCAAAAGAUGACUCUGGCAACUUCAAAAAGAAGAAGCAAACUGUCCGGCGGAAGCUGAAGCGGUAAGACCCCGAAAUCUAGGUGAAAUGGAACUCUGACCCUGCUUAUCACACCAGCUUCUGCCUUGAACAACUUGAUAUCACUCCUGAAAAGUUCAUCCAGGAGAUAUGGGCUGCCCAUGUCAAGACAUUUUUUGAUUGGCUUAGGAGGAGGACUCACCAGAGACGCAUCAAGGCAGUCGACUGUCAACUCUUAUUGGCGGGUUCUUAAGUCUCUCUUUGUGGACAAACAUGGUUUCAGCAUUGAUGAGGGUAUGAGGGAGGACUGUGUCAAUGUACAUGUAAAUUAUAAAAGUCAUUUGAUCAAGCUGUGGGGCUUUCGUUUACUGCCCAAGAGAAAGCCAUCCGGCACUAAAGGUGAUCUCUACCCCAUCCUCCAUGACCACUGGACGCGCUGUACGAAAGCCUAUGCCGGUGAGAAACAGCGCCUUUAUGUUGCUGCCGGUAUUCCGUCGUUCAUCUCCGGUGCCAGGUUGGUCUCACUAUUUGACACCCGGGUAAAGAAGGUGGAUGAAGAGGCAAAAGGGAAACCAACAGUAGUUGUGGUAGUCUGCAGGAGCUCAAAGAGCAUUGCGGGCUCUCAAAAUCGCCAUUCAAAGGAGACGAAUUCUCCUGACCUUCAGCCGAAGGUGGGAUUCUGGAUCAGGUAUCGAGAUGGCGGAUCCAAAGCACCAAGGAAACGCAAGAGGGAGCCUUCAACUAGCAAUGAGAGAUCUCACGAUUCAAAGGCUCAGCAAAGCCAUCAAUUCCCUCAAACGACACCUUACAAAGAGAUCAUAUCUGACACUGAAUAUGAGGAAUCAGAAUGCCAUCCUAGUGGCGAUACGAACCCUGACCUAGGGUAUAUUGAUGAAGGGAGCGACAGCGAUGAGAGGGAAUCAAUCGUCAGUAACGAGCCAGAGGGAGAUAACGACAUCGAGUUAUCUAUGGGAUCCGUGGAGGGCGGCAAUGGUAGUGAUAUCGUUGCUGGAAAUGACUUCGAUGAAGUUGAUCGCUUCGUUGAGGAUGUGACGGACGACGAGUACGAUGCGAGGAGACUGGACCCUUGCCUGGCAGCAUAUUGAAUUUCAUAUUAUCUGUAGCCCCGUGGCAGGACGACCAAAUAUCCUCCUAGCCAAGGUGACCGUGCUUCAUACCAAAAGCGAAGACAAGAAGCCGCGAGUUGUAAUUCCCACCCUUUUGGUGGUUUCUGCCUUCGAAUACUGACCAGCACUGCAGGAAAACGUUCGUCAUCAGUCAUAACCCAGAACCAAUACUUGACCUCCUGGGCCAUUUCCUGUCCAUGGCUAUCAACGAUGAUAACUUCACAGCCGAGUUCAAGUAGCUUGAGGAUAUCUACUGGCAACCCAUCCCGUCGCACCUCCAGGGUAUGAACUUGAAGAUCAAGAUAAAGAAACUCGACCAGCCAGUCUUCCGCCAACCCGAACGCACGGCAGAGGGAUAUCAAACAUCAGAGACAAAACCCCUCAAGGCAUCUACAUGGCAGGGCUACCGCCGGCACGUCGGCUUACUGAGCGGGCUGGAAUAUGCCUUGACUCAGUAUGUCUGGCGACGCUCGCUUAUCAGCGCUAUUAUCAGUAUGUGGCUUGUUCCUUUGAAGCUAUAACUCCCUCUCCACUUUUCUCUCAAUGUUCAAUUUUGAUGCCUCAAGUGUGCUUUCUCUCUGCAUUCUAUUCAUUUUAUCUCUGCCUACUUUCUGAAGCAGCCGUACUCCCCAUGCGCUUCAAAUGUGGGUACAAUAACUGUGACAUCUCAGCGGGUGAGGGAUGGAAUUUUAGAAGAGAGAAUUGGUUUGUAUCAUAGAACCACGAUGCAAUUUAGCAUAAGAUGAACAUAUCAGUAGCAAAAGAGGAGUCAGGAGAAUGUACUGUAUUCCAUCACAUCAAUGAAAGAGAAAUGACAUACAUUGGUGGAUCACAAAGAGAAAUGAGACCUGUAUUUAUGGAGCCCAGGGAGUAUCCUGCUUCUCAACCAGAGUCAAUAUUUGAGUGACCUUUGAUUACACCUAAGUGCAUCAAGAGGUUAUCUUCCUGUUUUUUUACUAUAAAUUUCCCUCCCUUACACCCUGGAAACGCAUCAUCUUUUCCAUUUCAAUAUCAAACCAUUUGCCUGUUCUAGCCACCCAAGCACCGGUCACAAGGCAUAAGCAAUCAAAGGACUAAAGAUGUGUUUAUUGCUCUACUCAGUGAUGGGGCACUUUUUUUGUUUGAGAAGGAGGGAACAAAUAGUAUGGGAGCUGAGAGCGAGAAUGAAUAGAAGCAGUCUCACUGACACUGGCACUUCAGCCUGCCUUAGAGCUGGCAUUUCUCAACAGUUG